AUGGUUGUGACUGUACCGCCUCCGCGAGAUCGCAUGGCUGCCGUCCGCGUCUGUCUGCAGAAGUCGCAUACAGUAGGAGGUAGGCCAUUCCCACGCAUCAGCGCUCACGAUCACAGAAGACACGGCAUGCAGGUACGAGGUGUCGGCGAAGAAGAGGAGUUUUCACCUGCAGCUGUUGUGCUGGUGCAUGUACUUCACACCUCUCAUUGUAUCAUUGAGCCACUUGAAAGAUGGUGGCAAAGCCUCAUCACUCGCUCGACCUGCCCACUGCCCAGGAUCAUUGCUUGGCAAAGAGUCAGUCAGUCUCCACACUCCAACCCUUCUUCUUCCUCUCCACCUGACUUGAGGGUCAGAAGAAGCAAUGCAAUUUUGGGGCCACACGCAAUCGGGAUGUCAUCACACGCUUCUCACACUACACUCCAUCACGCCUGCACAAUCCUGGUCCCCGUCGACGUGUCAGAUAAUGGAAAGGGCCGCAUCGCCCGAGAGAUCCACCGCCGCAAUAUAUCGAAUCCCGACUUCUCGUCACCCAUCCACAUAUCCACCCUAUUCACACGAUCCAAUGUCACCAUCAUGCUGGUCUUUGAACGGCCCGAUCUCAGCCUUUGA